UGGCGCUUUAUUCAUCUUGACCGCAGAAAGUUUAGUUAAUCUAAAACUAUUAUUAUAUUACAUUUUUAAACAAAAUGGAUCGCUUCCUCCAAGAAGGUAAGCGCAGCAUUGCCACGGCGCACAGUGGGGCCUCUGUCGGCGCGCCGGCUUCUGAUUGCAGCAAUGCGAAUACUGCAGCAAUAACGCCCUCACAGGCGAAAAGAAAUAAGAUUUCCGAAGUGUGGAAGUAUUUCAAGAGGUCUGGAGACAAACAAGUUGCUAAGUGCCUUACCUGUGGUAAGGAAUAUAAAACAAGUGGCAACACAUCUAAUCUCCAUGACCACUUGAGGAGGUUUCAUCCUGGCUUAGAGAUUAAAAAUCCAGACUCUAGCACACCUGCUGUAUGUGCUGAAGGGAACGACCCUGCUGCCAGUAGUUGUAAAUCAAAUAUGAUAUCUAUAGCGUCCCAUUUCAAAAGUACUGUCUUGUAUGACUCAAAUUCCAAAAGAAAGGCAGAAAUUGACAAAGCCCUAAUUGAAAUGAUUGUCAAAGAUGUGCAGCCCUACAAUAUUGUUGAUAAUGAAGGCUUUGUUCAAUAUACUCAAGUUCUGGAUCCGAAUUACAAACUACCGAGCAAGACACAUUUACGAGAUGUGCUAAUAUAUAAUUAUUUCAAGGCAACCACUGAAAAGUUGUCAGUAAUACUUGAAAAUAUUCCUGAUAUUGCAAUAACAUGUGACUUGUGGACAUCAAGUGCCAAUGCUUGUUUUUUGACUGUAACGAGUCAUUUUGUUCAUCAUAACGAACUAAAAACAGUAUCUUUGGCUACGAAAAAACUGUUAAACAAAAUUAAUCACUGUUCGCAAAACAUUACAGAUACAUUGCGAGAAAUAUUGAUUGAAUGGAAUAUUCUCAAUAAAACUGUAUGCAUUGUAACAGAUAAUGCUAGCUCCAUGCUUAAAGCAUGUGAAAUAUUACAAAUCCGCAAUCUGCCAUGCUUUGCGCAUUCGAUCAACUUGGUGGUACAAGAUGUUUUAAAAGUUGAUGAUGUAAUAAUUCAAGAUUUAUUUACUAAGUGCAAAUCCAUAGUUCGAUUUUUUAAACAAAGCACAAUAGCGAAUGAAAAAUUUAAACUAGCUCAAGAAGGUUCGGCGUAUACUUUGUUGCAGGAAACACCCACCAGGUGGAAUAGUUUUCAUUUCAUGAUUGAGCGUAUUUUAAAAACGAACGAUGCCAUUGCCAAAGUCUUAUUAUCAACUACAAAUGCACCGCAGCCGUUUACUGCUGAGGAAAUCCUUGUCCUCAAAGAUAUAGAAAAGGUAUUGGCUUUCUUUCAGCAGGCAAGUGAACAAAUUUCAGGUGGAAAGUACGUUACCAUAUCCCUAAUAAUACCCAUGGCAUAUGAACUUUUACGCAAAAUCGAAAGUGUUUCACCUCUGCUGCAAACUUUGCAAGGAAGGACUAUUAAAAACAUAUCAAUGAAAUCAAUAAAAAACGUCUUUCCAUAUAUGAGCAAAGGACAGUAUGCAGAAUGGCUAAAAUAUUGGAUCCACGUUUUAAGAAAGAUGGAUUUCAACACAGCUCAAACGCUGAGCAAGCAGCAACAUUUUUUGAAAAUGAGCUAGCAAAUUUUUCUGCCAAAGAGUUCCCGAUUAAUCAGCCUGUCGCACGAGAUACAAGUUCCCAGAGUACUCUUUUUCUUUGUUUUUGUGGGUGAGCGAUCAAUGACCAAAGUUGGAAACUCACGAGUGGAUGCAAUCCUUAUUAAAAGGCAGUAUCUGGAGAGGCCAACUGUCUCUCAAGAUACGGACCCUCUGUUAUGGAUGAAGAUGAAUCAAUCUGAUUUUCCCUCUAUUGGAAGCCUUUUCUGCAAGUACCUCUGCAUUCCCGCAACGUCAGUAGAAUCGGAAAGAGCGUCCGCGUCCGUUUUGUCGUUUUUU